AUGACAGUUGAUGCGUCGCCACUGACAGAUCCUUUUUCCCGCGUUCGCCUCAUUGCCGUCGUCUCCUCCGGUAUCGUCUUCAUCCACAUGCUCUUUCGCACGCCUUCCGGCACAUGGACCGUCUCUGGUGCCCCAACAAGCGGCGAAGGCGCCGCGCACACUGUUCCAGGUGGCUCCAUCGUGCUGGAUGCAAAGACCGGUGCCCAGUGCCGAGCCAAUGGAGAAGGUCUGGCCACCGUUCUCGCACACGAGGCCUCGGCUGCGGGCGGAGGGCCGAAGCAGAGGCUGUGUGUGUGGGUGAGCGCCGGCGCGAAGGGCGCGCGGUGCGUGGCGGAUGUAGAUGAGGAAAGGAUCGCGAGGACGGACUAG